AUGAAGUCUCCAUCACAGCAUAGUAGCGAUGAUUCAUCACAACAUGGAGACGAAUGUUCUGAAACAGCAUUAUCCUUAGUCAAACCAUCAACGACAACACUGUCGAUAAAUGAAAACGAACAACAAGUCAAAGGUGUUCGACGACGAAAACCAUUGCGUCCGUGGUCAUUAUCAGCACGUGUUGAGAAACCAAAUACUGUGAAUUCGGUUGAAUCGAUGAAUGAGGAUGACAGUCAAAUGACACAAAAUGGAAAUCAUCAAGAAGCGGAAGAAAAUGAAAAUGGAAAUGAGCCAAUUACAGAUGAAAUAAAUGAUUCAAAUGGUAGCGAACAGCAAUCUUCAAAUGAUCAUGAUGACAAUUCUAACAUUUCUCAUCGAAAAUAUUCAGAAACAGACGAUGGCCAUGUACGAAAGCUGACAAAAUUAGAAUGGCCUAAACAAUUGUCAUCGCUUGAUGAACAAAUGAAAUUAUUUCAACUAGAUCCAGUUAAAAAUUUAGUUUAUUGUGUUCGUUGUGGUCUCGAUGCAUUGCAAGACAAUUUACUCGAGCAUAUCUCGGUUCAUUAUCCUUAUAAUUUUUUCUGUGAUUCCUCAUCUGGUCUUGAUGAACACGUCCUUACCCAUCCACAAACAUCUAAACCACCAAAUACGGUAAACAGCAAUUCAGGCAUGAGAAAUAAUCCAACACCUUCAGUAGCAACAGUAGGAACGACAAAUGGUAAUACGUCAACAUUUAAUCAACGAGAUUCUAAUGAAGAUGGAAAGUCAACAACACCACCACGAUCAAAAGUUUACCGUUGUCGACAAUGUAUAUUUGUAUCAACAGUUAAAGAAGAAUUUUGGGCUCAUCAUCGCGCACACAUUCGUCCGGAUAAAGUAUUAGAAUGUCCGUCAUGUCCAUUUGUGACAGAAUAUAAGCAUCAUCUUGAAUAUCAUUUAAGAAAUCAUUUGGGAUCAAAACCAUUCAAAUGUUCAAAAUGCGAUUAUGCUUGUGUUAAUUUAUCAAUGUUACGUUCACAUAUGAAAUCACAUUUUCGUCAUUUAUUAUUCAAAUGUCGUAAUUGUUCAUUUGAAACAAAGCAAUAUCAAGCAUUACAAGUACAUCUUGAGACUGAGGGUCAUGAACCACAUUUAGAUAGUUCAGUUGAAGAAUUUCUUAAAGAAUAUGGUGCUGGAACAAAUACCACCAUACCAACAGCACCUCCACAACAGCAAGAAAAAAUACAUAGUCAAAAAACGAUCAAUAAUAAUGGUAUAACAACACGCAAUGGAAAUAAUAAACGGCAACGUUCUGACGUAUCAUCUAGUAAUAAAUCAAUAUCGCCACCUCUGAUGAGUGUUUCGCCACCUUUACAACAAUCAACAACACCACACAUUAGUGGAACAUUAGCAGCGACUGUGGCUGCUGCGGCAAGUUACGUUACAGCAAAUAAUUUUAUCAAUACACAGCAGUCACAACGAUUGGCAUGGAAUCAAAAACAACAAAUUAAUCCGUUUAAUUCGCUUAUUACAUCUCCGGUAUCAUCUCCUUUGGAAGCAGCCGCAUCACUCUUGAGUAAACGAGAAUCAUUAUCCGCAUCAGCAACAUCACCAACCUCGAUUUUAGAACAACAACAGCAACAACCACCAACGAUUGAUACCGAUCUACUUCUACAAAUGACACAAGCAAGAGGUAACAGUACUAGUUUACUUUGUACAUUAUGUGAUUAUGUAGCAUCGAACAAACAAUCAUUAGGAAUACAUCUAUUUGAACAUGCAAGAAAGAAUGAAUUGCUUAAUCGAUCAUUAACUGAUGAUACUACGUCAAAAUUAUUAGAAUUAUUUAAUGGAAAAUUUGCAUUUGGAUCAUCACCAAACAGUUUUUCUCAACAACAACUUAGCACGUUUGUGUCCGAAACAUAUCAGAAUGUUUUAUCUCAACAAUUUCAACAGCAAAUGUCAGCUGCCUAUGAUUCAUUUAUUGAUAAUAACAAUAAUAACACAACAUCUUUAUUUUCAUUAUUAAAUGGUGCGUCGGCAACAUCACUAACUACAUCAUCUCGUUUAUCAACGGAGACAUUAACCAAUGGAAUUAAAUCUGAACCAAUCGAUGUUAAAAUAAAGUCAGAAUUAAAACGUCCAUUGACCACAUCGAUUUCUAAAUGUAUACGAAAACGAAAAGGACGAGCAUUUAAAAUAUUGAAAACAGAGCAAGAUUCAACAACGGCGAUAUCGGACAAUGAUGAAGACGAAGAAGACGAAGAACAAGAAGAUGAUAAUGAGAUGAGUAAUGAUGCAACUGAUCUAAAGGCAGCAAAUAAUGAUUUAUUACAACGUUUAAAUCAUGAUCAACAACAAGAUACAAAUGAUCCUCAAAAAUUAUUACGUUUACAAGAUCAAGAAACACAAGUAGAUGAAAAACAAAUUGAAAAACUAUUUGAAUGUUCUCAUUGUGAAAUAUUAUUUCGUGAUUUUGCUUUAUAUUGUAUUCAUAAAUUAUUACAUUAUUCACAAUCAAAUCCGUUUAAAUGUGCUCAAUGUGGUGAACAAAAAGCAAAUAAAGUCGAAUUUUUUAUACACGUGGCACAAACGGCUCAUGAACUAACCUGA